AUGGCUUCACUUCGACUACGACGGACACCAGCAUUGGGCUCUGGCCUUGCCAUGCCCAAGGUGAACCGUUCGCUACAAACUCGCUGCUUCAGCGCCCUCAAAACCCAAUCUACCUACGCUCAGCCCCGUCUGUACAGCCCGAGACCUAUCGCCCUCCCUACGAAUGCCAGCCUUUCCCGCUACCAGCGAUUCAGCACCUCUCCGGCUCAAUAUGAGGAAGUCAUUAUCAAGGUGCCCCAGAUGGCCGAGUCCAUCUCAGAAGGCACCUUGAGUACUUUCUCAAAACAAGUCGGCGAUUCUGUGGAAUUGGAUGAAGAAGUUGCUUCCAUUGAAACGGACAAGAUUGACGUCUCUGUCAAUGCGCCUUCCGCUGGUAAGAUCACGGAGCUACUGGUCAACGAAGGUGAUACCGUCACCGUGGGGCAAGAAAUCGCAAAGAUGGAGACUGGCGCGGGUGGUGACUCAGGACCAAAGGAGGCCAAGGAGGAGCCAAAGGAGCCUGCUUCCAAAGAUCAACCUACCAGCUCACAACCGGAGGAGCCCAAGGAGAAGGAACCCAAGAAGGAAGAGGCUUCGCCACCUCCUAAAACAGAGGAAAAGCCUGCUCCUCCCAAGGAGGAGAAGAAGCCAGCGCCACCGAAGGAUGCAAAGAAGACUGAGGAGCCCAAGGGAGUUGACUCCCCUUUCGGCAAGGGUAGCAGGAACGAAAAUAGAGUGAAAAUGAACCGUAUGCGCUUGAGAAUCGCGGAGCGUUUGAAGCAAUCUCAGAACACGGCCGCAUCCCUGACCACCUUCAACGAAGUUGACAUGUCCAACAUCAUGGAGUUCCGGAAAAAGUACAAGGAUGAGGUGCUGAAGAGUACAGGGGUCAAGCUGGGUUUCAUGAGCGCUUUCAGCAAAGCCAGUAUCCUGGCUAUGAAGGAUAUUCCCACUGUCAAUGCUUCGAUCGAAGGUCCAGGAGGUGGUGAUACUAUUGUCUACAGGGAUUACGUGGAUAUCAGUGUCGCCGUUGCUACUCCGAAGGGCUUGGUUACACCUGUUGUACGCAAUGCCGAGAGUCUGGAAAUGAUCGGCAUCGAGAAUGCUAUCGCUGAGCUGGGCAAGAAGGCACGUGAUGGCAAGCUCUCUAUUGAAGACAUGGCUGGUGGUACCUUUACUAUCUCCAACGGUGGCGUCUUCGGGUCUAUGAUGGGUACUCCUAUCAUCAACCUGCCACAGACCGCAGUGCUCGGUCUGCAUGCGAUUAAGGAGAGGCCGGUUGUUGUGAAUGGAAAGAUUGAGAUCAGACCUAUGAUGUACCUUGCACUUACGUACGAUCACCGCUUGCUCGACGGUAGGGAAGCUGUCACAUUCUUGGUCAAGGUCAAGGAAUAUAUCGAGGAUCCACGCAAGAUGCUGCUUGCAUAG